AUGGCCGCCAACAAGAUGCAAAACCUCAUCAACUACCGGAUGAGGGUGACCCUCAAUGACGGUCGCCAGAUGACCGGUCAAAUGCUUGCAUUUGAUAAGCACAUGAACCUUGUUCUCGCAGAUACAGAAGAGUUCCGUCGUACCAAGAAGAAGUCGAAGCCCGCUGCCGCCCCCGGAAGCGCCCCGCAGAUCGAAGCGGAAGAGAAGCGAACUCUUGGUCUGACUAUCGUGCGCGGUACUCAAGUCGUCUCAUGCUCCGUUGAUGGCCCUCCCCCGCCGACCCGUCUGCCCGCCUCGGCACCGCUGGACCGGGCGCCGCUGCUACACUCGCCGCAGGUCCUGGUAUCAGCAAGCCAGCUGGCCGCGGUCUGCCCGUUGGACUCGGUGGCCCUGCAGCCGGUGUUGGUGGUCCUCCUCCUCCCGGUGGCUUUGGGUUCCCUCCUGCUGGUUUCCCCGGUGCCCCGCCUCCAGGCUUUGCUCCUGGACGUGGAGGUCCUCCUGGUGGUCCACCCGGCUUUGUGCCUCCCCCUGGAUUUGCUCCCCAAGGCGGUCCCCCUGCCGGUUUCCAACCUCCCCCUGGCUUCCAGCCUCCGGGACAGGGACGCGGCUACCCUCCUCCUGGAUUUGGUGGCAGGUAAUCGGACCUGUGUACAGAGAAAUAUUCUACGUUUCAUAUCAUCGGCGAUCUGAUUUCAACUGGCAAAAAGCAAGCACCACUCAGCGCUGAAAAGAAACCACUGUCGACGCUUCCAGUGGAAGACAAUGAUACGCGUACCGGCUAGAUCAACCCACAUUUUAUUGGGCAAGGCGUUGUGGCGCAGGGAUGGAGGUCGUGUCGAGGGCCGGGGACAAAAAGACCAAAAUCCUCUUGAAAUUUGCAUAGGUCAAAAAAUAAUGCUAGCUUACUUUAACACGGC